CAUAAGAGUGCAUAAUUGUAAGACAUAACAGAGUUAUAUGUGUACAAUAGGUAAGCAUUAGCAUAUAUAUUGACAGUUCAGUGGGCAGCUAUGUGUGAUUUGCCUAAAUGCCAGUUUGGGUGAUAUAUAUAUGUUUCCGUAUAUUCUUCCAUCAAUUUGUGCAUUUUGUAAAAGAUUGAGAAACUCAGUGCCCCCGUGCUUUUCUUUAAAACACGUUCACUUUACAGCUCGUACUAGGUGGUACAGAGAGUGUGACACAGUGAGCCAAUCAGAGAAAAGCAAAGUUUGCUCGGAUACAAGGUGAUAGACUGACACACAGAGUCUCAGGCUCAGACAACUUAGAAGUAAAUCAGAGAGACACUGUGAGAGGAGUGUAUUAGAGCAUGAAAGACAGGUUCAGAUCAGAAAGAGACAGAUGCAGAAUGAAAAAGACACAAAGUGAUGGGGACUGCUAGAAAGAGACAGAGGUACAAACUGAUUGAAACAGAAAUGAGUGUAUAAUGACUAAAAUUAGACACAUGACAAGCUGAGCAAAUGAGGAGGAUAUAGGGUUAGAGUAAGUAAUCAGUAGAAAAAAGUGUAACUGUGAGAUUGAGAGACAGAACACUAGGACACAGUGAGCACAGCACAAUGCUUAGAGCUAGCAUUGACAUGGCAAAUGACUGACAGGUGUCAGAGUGAUGGGGCGAGAGUGACAGGUGCAGAGGUGGAGAAAGGGCUGCCCCCCACAUGACCCUUGUGUGACACCCACCUGGUACUACAGUGACAGUAAUACCGAAGGGGCAGAUCUGAGCUUCUUCCAUGGGUGCAGCGAAAAAUUACAUGCAGAGCACCUUCAGGAUGCAGAGAGGAACUCGCAUGCAGAGCAUUUCUGCAGAGCACUACAUGCAGAACACAGAAGACCUGCAGAGCACAUUGAGGAUGCAGAGUAUGGAGAGAAUGCAAAGCCCUGGACUACAAACUAUCUUAGGGAUGCAUGAGAGAACAGGGCUGCAGAGCAAAGAAGACAUGCAGAGCACAACAGAACUGCAGGAUGACACAGAGAUGAAGACCAGAACAGAUGUGCAAAGGACUGUACAUUUACAUAGGGCAGUUGAGAUUCAGAGCACAGAAGAUCUGCAAAGUGGAGCAGAUGUGCGGAACUUGCCUGGAGAGCAACAGAAUACGGAUACUGUAUCCCUCAACUUCUGCACCCAAGGGGUCCGUAUAUUGCCCCAUGCCAACUGCUCAUACAGCCAGGAUUACUCCCCUGCUGAACCGAUGGAAAAUUACCCAAAAGACAGUGGCGAGUUAACGUACCCUUUACCUGUACAGCAGGCUUUAUCCAACCCUACCUCCAACCAACUGUGCCAAACCUCUGGAAAAGUGCAGGUGAAUCUCACCAACUACACGCUGUGGGAAAAAUUUUAUAAGCACCAAACAGAGAUGAUCAUCACCAAACAAGGGAGGUGAGUGUCAGAUACAUAACUUCACACUGACAUAAACUGUUUAAAUGUUGACGCACAUUCAUAACAAGUCAUCCUUCUGUAAAUCACAAUAGCACACUGUGCAUUAUGUCGGCACUUUGAUAAGAAAAUGACCCUUGAUCCAAGGAGAGAUCUCACUGCCAUAAUUGUUUUCCUAGUUUGUUGCAAAAUUGAAAGUGCUUCAAACUGACUUUUGUACAUUCUUUUGGAUCAGCAGCAAAAACAGAUGUGAGAAAGGCUGAAUUUGAUGGACACAUGUCUCUUUUCAGCAUGUGUACCUAUGUAACAAUUAUGCAUAUUUCAACCCAAGUUGCCAGCAUUUUCUUGCUAGUGAAAUUAAUACCAUUCAUGUAUAUGAGACCACGUUCUCAAAAUAACACGGUAAUGUGGUAAAACGCACAUGCAGAAAAAUAGCUAGCAAGGCACUAGACAGAACAGAUCAAUGACACAAAGUUACAUCAAAACAUUUAACUACUGGAGACUGUAGAGGAGAUAAAAUGAGAGGCGAGUCAAUAUACAGUAAUAUAAUGUGAUAAAUUACCCAUUUUCUAGCAAUAAAAAGGGCAUGACAACAUAUUUUAACAAAGGGCAUGACAACAUAUUUUAACCAACGAGGAGCGUGUCACUUUUUAAUAUCAUCCCAACUAUUUGAACAUUUUUAGAUUUAUGCAAUCUAUUUAAUAUAUAACCCCCUUGGGAAAAUACUACUUUGUGUGGCUGUAGGAAUUUGCUGGCUCUACGUAUGGAAUUAAGAAUCAAUUUAUAGAUUUAUAUCAGCAUUAAUCUACAGAUAUGUAGCUAUGUCGAUAUGCGCAGAUGUAUGUGUAUGUAUAAUAUAUCUAAUGUGUGUGUGUACGUAUUUGUGUGUGUGGGUAUAUAUAUAUAUAUAUUAUAAAAUAUAGUAUAUCUUCAAUUAAUCUUACGGAGGAUCUAUUUAACAUAUUUUCACCUACAUUUUUUUUAAUAAGUGCAUUCUUGUUAAGCUCAUUAGGACUUUGACUAUACUCACAUUAAUAUUUUCAUAUAAAGUAUACAAAAUACACGAUUAACGGCAAUUUGUACUUAAGAUAUCAAAUGUUUAAAACUGGUCAACAGAAUUGUAUGGAAACACUGAUGCAAUAGAUGGACACCACCUUUAGUCAGAUUUUCCACUACAAAAAAAGACUUGAGAGUGGCGUUCACUUAUUGCAUUUUUGACACACGUAUUAACAUUUAGGCCUAAUAUUAUAUUGUGUAUGUGUGUCUGUGUACAUGUAUGUAUGUGUGUGUGUAUCUAUAUAUAUAUAUAUAGUAGUUGUAGUUAAUGUUUCAGUCCCCGAUCGGGACUUUCCUCAGGACAGCAUACACAAAUAUAUAGGUAUAUAUAUAUAUAUCACCUAUCUAUCUAUAUCUAGAUGAUUAUAUACACACACAUGUAUGUACAUACUAUUUAUCUAUUUAUUUAGUUUUUAUCCAUUAGUGGUUUACAUUCCUCAGGGUCCAUAGUCAUUGUAUUUUUUAACAUAAUACUUAGCACAAUCUGCAACAUUCACUAAAGUGGGGGAAAAAAACUGAGAAUUUAAAAAAGCUGAAAUAAAAAGAAAUUUGGCCUUUCAGAUUUUUUUGGCCUAACAUUUCAAAUUCUCUAUUAUAUCCCUGGUUUAGUUAAUAACCAUGAUGGUAUUUGAAUGGAUGGAUGCAUGAAUACAUAUUAGAUGGCUAAAAGGCCAUCCAAGCUAUUCAUCACAUGUUUGUAACAGUAUUGCUAAAUAAUACACUAUACGAUUUUUAUUUUGCCUCCUAGGCGCAUGUUUCCAUUCCUGAGUUUCCGCUUGUCAGGCCUGGAUCCUGUGGCUCAGUAUACCUUACAUAUAGAGGUUGUCCUGGCAGAUCAGAACCACUGGAGAUACCAAGGAGGAAAGUGGAUCCAGUGUGGGAAGGCAGAGGGCAACAUGCCAGGUACAUCCGCUUGGCAACGCUAAAGGAAGCAAGAGAGAGAAAUCAUAACGCAUAAAUAAUAUUGUGGAGAAACACAGGAAGUCAAUCUGUAAAUACGAUUAUGGGAGAACAAAGGGCAGUCAAAGUGUGAACAAAAAUAGGGGAGAAAUACGGGGCAGUCAAAAUGUAAACAAGAUUAGGGGAGAAAUAUGGGGCUCUCAAAUUGUAAACAAGAUUAGGGGAGAAAUAUAGUAAAAUCAAGGGUGGAUGCAGGGAAACUCACAUAGUAUAUACAAAAUUAGUGGAGAAAUAUAAGGAUGUCAAAGUAUAAAAAAAUAUUGAGGGAGGAAUAUAGGGGGAAUUAAUAAAUUAUAAACAUUUUUGGGGGAGAAAUACUUAAUAAAAAGUGGUGGAAAAAGGAGCAGUUUUUCAAUGUUUUUAAAAAGCAGUUAUAGUAAAAUAUGUUAACCACAAAAUAAGGAAUAAUAUGUUAACCACAAAAUAAGGAAUUACAAGCAAGACUGUAUGCUAUUUAAUGCAUUGCUAUGUGAUUCAUGAGGUAAAUUUUUUGCUAAUAUAUCUAAAUUUCCUGAUUUCAUUUUCAGUCUUUUUUGGGCAUUAAUAUAAGUGUGAGGGAAAAUUUUAAAUUCUUUACACCUAUGGUCAUAUUUAUCAAAUAAUCAAAAAAUUCACUUAACAAAAAGUCCUCAAAUUCCUAGUAGUAUUAACUGAUAAAAUAAAGAAAUAUAAGACCAUGCAGACAACUUUGUGUGAAAACAAAACUAAAUGAUGAAACUAAAGCCACGUGAUCAGGCAUUAUCAUUAUGUUGAUAUUGACAUAAUUUAAAGUAAUCUACUUUACUGCCUGUUUCAUCAAAGGUGCAGUUUUACCUCAUGUUUUAUAAUCUUCUUUAGAAGUUUGCUAUUUUGUCAGAUGAAAAUGUACUAUAAAUAAUAUUUCCGUAACAUUUUUAUUUAAAUGAAUCAGUGAGUGUUUUAACCAUAAAAUGAUAGGUCUCAUAAAAUUUUUCUAAAAACAGGCUUUAUAACUGAAUACACAAAGCAGACACUACCUGUCGCUGCAUAUACUCAACUUCUGAUUCAGUCAUUGUCGCACAAUGAACUAAACCACCUAAUUAGACCAAACUGUAUAAUGCAAUAAAUACCUUUCUAAUUCAGACACUACUUCUCAAUGAACUAAACUCCUUUCUAAUUCAGAUAGUACAACCUAAUGCGCUAAACACCAUUCUAAUUUUGAUACUCUACUUCACUGUACUAACAAGCCUUUCGGUUCAGACACUACCACGUACUGUACUACAGAAACUGUGAUUUAUUGAAUUAAAGUUCACUUUUUUUCUAGAUACUGUUAAAAUGUCUUCUAAUUCAGCUACUGCCGCAUACUGCACUAAAGCUCCUUCAGUUUCAGACACUGCAAUUUACCGCACUUUCUUUACUAAAGCACCUACCUACUAAGUUACUACCUCUUACUGUACUAAACUGCCUUACUAUUAAGAUAUUACCAUUUACUGUACUGAAACACCUCUUAGUGUACUAAAGUACCCCCUGGCUCAUACACUGCCAAUUACUAUAUUAAAGCACUUUCCAAUUUAUACACCACCACUUACUGAUCAGACAAUGUCUUCCUAUGUAGCCACUUAAUGAAGUACCAACGCACCUUCCAAUUUAGACACUGCUACUUACUGUAUGAAAGGGCCAUCCAUUUCAGACACUGUCUCUUGCUGCAAUAAGGUCCCUGUCAUACAUUCAUACAUUGCCACUUACUGUACUGCAUCGUCUUCUAAUUUUAUGUUUACACUCACCACACUUUUCAGUUACAUACUUAUCUCACUCUCACUUCAGACAUUGCACCCCACAAAUUUAUGGUGCCUGCGAGUGAGAAUAACUAUGUACCCGACAAUGAUGUUGUAGGCCUCUAUUAAAAAGAUUAUUAUUCUAUAGAAAACAUCUGCAAUAUGAAUCUCUAUUUAAACGGACAGUAUGGUAAUUACACAUAUAGUGCCUGAAUGGCCUCUCACCAACUAUUUCAUCAUUCCCAAUCAGGUAACAGGAGAUACCAACACCCUGAUUCCCCAAACACGGGGGCUCAUUGGAUGCGCCAGGAGGUAACAUUCAGCAAACUCAAGCUAACCAACAACAAAGGGGCAUCUAAUAACAUGACACAGGUACCAAUGACAACUAAUCAUUUUCAACUUUUUUUAUUUACUAAUUUAAAACCAACUGAUACUGCAUAUUAACCCCUUAAGGACACAUAACAUGUGUGACAUGUCAUGAUUCCCUUUUAUUCCAGAAGUUUGGUCCUUAAGGGGUUAAGGCAUUAAAGGAGUCCCUGUGACAGGGAAAUAACUAGCAGUGACUCAAACUGAAAGAGAAUGUUUAAAUUGGAAUGCACAGAGAUUAUAUGCAUCAAUUAGUUGAUACAAACUAUACAGUGUUUGCAAGCUACAGAAAAUAUAACCAUGUUAGACAAUGUUUUCUUUUGUAACUAACAUCAUCUCGAGCCAGGCAGGCAGGUGCUGGAUGAGAAUAAUGGGAUCGAUGGAUAGCAACAAAAAAAAGGGAUCAGGUUAAUUCUAUUAGGAGUCUCUGAUGUAUCCCAGGAAUGCUGCAGGUUAAAAUCCACUGGACACUCAAAGGUUAUAUACGGCCUUAGGAUGGUUUUUAACUUAAUUGUGAACCAGUGAACUGUAAAUAAAACUGCAAAUGUAAGGCAUGAGACCAAUAGUGGCAUGGCAGACAUAGAUAAUCUAGCAAAUUUAAGUUUUAUAUAUCUAUGGUAAAAACAUUUAACCACUUCAAAGUUUAAAGAAAGAAAGAAAAGAAAGAAAGAAAAAAAAAUGUCCUUCCAAAAUAAUCCUUACAAGUAUGCCAUUGACGCAAAGUUUUAAUAUCAUGCCAUGAGAUCAUAACUUGCUGCAUUGGUAAUUGAUGUAGAGAUUCUAAUAGAGAUUCUAAUAAAUUAUGCUGUUGUUAUAAUGAAGCUGUCCCGUUAACAGAUGAGCAAAAGUUUUUAUUUGGUUUUCUUAAAACAGAAAAAAAAAAAUCACUGUGUUGGACAAAAUCUCAGCAAACAUAUUGUUUAAGAGAUAUUUAAGCGUAAAGUUUAUGACUCGCCAAAGCUCAUUUUGGAUACAAAUUUUGUAUAAAUAACUGCAUCCUCAAUAUAUCAGGUAUGACCAAAAAGUAGAUCUUCAGUGCAACUCUCGCACUGCAUGCCUUAAAAGUUCACAAAAGGCCCCUACUCAACUCAAGUAAGUUUUAUAGGUUUUGGCCUCAUAUUAAUACUGUACUUUUCUCCUCAUUUAAAUCUUUAUAGAUGUGCAGAAAUAAUAAAUAUGUUUUGCAGCAUAAUCAGGAACUCGUCUCACACUGAUCUCUCAUUGGUCAAGCAAAAUAUAUACAUAGAAUGUCUAAUGAAGAAGUUGCUUCGUGAAAUUAUGAGGUGUGGCCAAAGAGGCAAAAGUAAAGAGUUUUGAAUGUGAAGAAAAAUACAUUGUGAACAUGAGGUUAAAUCCUGUCAAAUGCAUGUUGUUUUGGUGACCAGUGUGUCCUUUUAAGGAUAGCAAAGCCUUAAAGUUGAGGUUCUACAAUAACCGGUUGUCUAUGUAGCAUAGUCACCACAUAAAUUCCUCUCAUACACACACAUCAGUUUAUUUAGUGCAACAUCAUCAUAAUGUGAAGUAUCGCAUUGAGCUUUCGUGAUAUUUGAAGUACUUAAUAGUAAACAAACCUCAUUCUUUUUGUUUGUGAUUAUUCAAAUGUAAUAAUCAUUCCAAUUUCUACUCACACCUGCACAAUCCCAACGUGAAUUUUGUGUGCACAUUUAAAACAUCAGAAUUGAAAUGGUGAGUUUUAAAUGUCAGCAUCACUAUAGCAACACAAUAAAGUCUCUGGGUUCAUAAUAACACAGCAGCAUUUCCCUGCCGUUAAGGAACAUUUCAUGCACAAUAACUACUAAAGCACAUUAUUUUGGUGCCAAGAGGCUGUGGGUGCAGCCCCUCAGGUUAUUUAUGGUCAUCAAGUAUGCAAACGCCAAACUAUUUGGAAGGAUAAUGAGGAACUGAGCUACCUUAUUAUGAAGGGGAUUGGACCUUCCUUUUGAAAAUAGUUUGACAACAACAAAAAGGACAUCAUCCAGCGUCUUAGCACAAUAACCACUACAGUAAGCUUUGUUGAUUAUAGUGCUUGACGUGUUCCUUUAUUAUGGGGGAUGGUUAAAGUGUCUUUAAAGGGGCACUGUAGGCACCCAGACCACAAGCUAAUUGAAGUGGUCUGGGUACAGUGUCCCUAUUGCCCUUAGUGAUGCAUGAGGACCUCCAGUGUCAGAUUUUUUCCCCAUAGGAAAGCAUUGAUUCAAUGCUUCCCUAUGGGGAAGUCUAAUGCACACAUGGCAAUUGCCGCGCAUGCGCAUUAGAGCCCGCUUGUCACGAGACAGAGGAGGAGUGCUUCGACAAAGUGCCAAGUGACAUCGGCGCUGGGAUCAGGUAAGUAAAUACCUUUAUUUACUGGGGAGGGGAGGAGUGCAAGGCUGGGGGAGCGAUAGUCUCAGGAAUACAGCUUUGUAUUCCUGGCACUAUAGCAGCCCUUAAUAUGAGGGGUAGUUAGGGUUUAGGUGACUUGGGAUUAGAAUGUAUCUGACUUCAAGAUUCUGUGGACUAAACUCCCAUGAUUUUCAGAUAGACAAAGUUACCGCCAAGUACUAUAAUGAUAUCCAUCAUUAUAAACAUCGCUCUAAUGGUACCACAGUGUUUUAAUGCACCAAUAUUAUAGUACAGCUACAAUGCAAACUUUUUUUCUUCCAACUUUUUAGCAACAACUAUUUUAAAGGGAAUCGUUAUGUACAAUACAAUUAUCAGCCACCAAACCUAGCCCUCCUAUUUAUAACUAAAGGGCCAUACACAUUCCAUUAACAUCAGAAAAUGAUGAUAGCAUCUGUUGGUACAUGAUGCAUGGAGGAUCUUGCAGUCUCUCAGAACUUCCAUAGACCAUCAUUUUUUAGAAUAGCAAAGAUGAUAUAUCUCUUGUAGAACAAAAAUGCAAAGAAAAUGCAGAGAUCCCAUAAGUGACAAGUUUUCUGCAAGUAUUCCGCUACCCCAAACAGUCUAGUUAAAAUCGCAUUUAUGCUUUUUUUUUUUUUUUCCUGACCAAUGAAGGAACACACUAAUUGUGCACAUUUACUUCCUGUUGUGUUUUACAGCUACAUCCUGCUUGUGGUUAAAAUGGAUAUAUUAAACAAAUAUCAAUAAAAACAUGCAAUACUAAUAACAGCAUAAUACCCACAAUAAGGGUAAAUAUUUUCUAAAAUUUCUAGUUUAUAAUAACACAUUUACACUGUGAUUACCUGUUUCUUGUCUGGAGAACAUAUUUCCUACCUUGCACUUGACCUUGUUCCUGAUUGGCUGCUUAUUUCCAAUACUUUUAAUCCAUCUAAAGUGAUUCAUAAUCUGGAUUGAAAUCGGUCCAAUAAAGUGUCGUUUUUGAGAAGUGUCCAAAAUGCUUGUAGCAAUGGUUUUCAUUGCAAUACCUAUAUAGGUUAGAUGAGAAGCUAGUCAGCAAAACAUUUGAGCCAUCUAUUCAAUUGUGUCCUUUCCAGAGAAGUUCCCUUUUAAAUAUAUAUCAAAUAUUCAGCAAAUGGCAACCCAAUCCAGCUCAAACUAUUUCAGCCAUAGAAAAACCAAGAUGGAGGCACUAAGCUCCAAGGCAGUGGAAAUAAUAUUCUCUACAUUUUACUGAAUUUUCAUAUAUAUUUUUUUAAAGUUAUUAAACAUAUUAAAAAUCCAUGUGACAGCUCCCCUUAUGAGUGACCCUGACAUGCAAACUAAACUCGAAUCAAUAGAGCAUAAAAUGUUUCUCAACCCUACUGAUGAUGUGGUUGUGGCAAUAAUAAUCCAAUCCAGAACAAGUUGAACCUGUCUCACAUUUGGUGUUUGUGAUCGAUUUUAAAAGCCAAUGGGGCAAAAAUACUUUCAGUGCGAUUAUUUUUUUUAACACAAUUUUGACAACAACCUCCCCACCACCUUUAAUCGUUUUGCAACCACAAUACCAUGAACCCUACUUUGAAUAAAGGUAGCCAGCCAAUAAGGUCACUGGACAGAUGCUGGCCGUGGAACGUGCAGUGUACAGAAGAAGGCUAGCUGUCUCCCGCAGUGCGUUUGUGGAACCUUGGUGCUAAAUCAUUAGUUCACAAGCGAAAUCAAACAAAAUAAUUUGUACAUGAACAGCUUGCUCUCUGUUAUCUAUUAAAAGUCUUCCUCGUUUGUCUGUACCCCCUUCCUUUGGGGACAAUUGUAAAAUGCACAUCAUGCCAAGAUUUUUUUUUUUCACUUUGGGCAUCUUUAAUAAAAUGUACCACAAACAUUAAACAUGUGAAAAAUUACCAUGCAAUGUAUGCUCCUCUGAACAUUUUAAAAAUCUUUAGUAUAUUGAGAAAAGGGUUAUAUCAAAUUAUUCCUAUUACAAAGCAAGGAUUUAAAAAACAAGAAAAUAUACAGCUAAAAAUAAUAGAAUUUCUAAAAAUGGAAAUCUGAAAAAUAUAAUAUGAAAAAAGCUUACUGUUGCCUAAGUCCUGCAACACAUGAGAGGGUAAAUAUAAAAGUAUACUGAUGUAUCAAAAGCACUGAGUACAUAGGGAUUACUCUUUAUAACAGACUGACAGCCAAAGUAAGGGCCAUAUAGGACAGUAUAAAAGUAUACAUGAAGUAUUAGGAAUAGAGUGCCAAUACAAAUAAAUUAUACCGGGUGCAUUAAGCCAUCAUUAAUUAAACCACCAAUGAUGAGGUCUCUAAGGAGUCUUAACCAUAAUUAAUUAAAAGGCUCUCUCUACUUUUGCAAGGUUUAUGGUGAUUAUGUGAGUUCAAUUAUGUUUUUAUUCCAAGGGUUUGGGGUCUGUAGCUAGAAGUAACACAUUUAGAGGAGUAAAUUACUUUUUAAGAGCAAUCCCUCUUCCUCCAAUUCUAUUUCUUUCCCUCAUCUGCACUUUAUAAGAGGUUGCAGUGUCCUCACUUUUUGUAUUGCUGUCUUAUUCUGCUUCAUCCUCCCCUGUUACCAUUUAGUGAGAGGUCAUACUGCCCUCUAGGGGAAUUUAGUGAUAUUGCCUGAUUAUAGGCAAUUUAAUUUGCAAGUGUUUAAUGCACUUAGCAUAGUUUAAUUUAAUUAGAACUCUAUCCCUGUUUCCUCUACACUUAUAUAUUGCUCUUUAUAGUCCUUACUUUGGCUGCCGGUUGGUUAUAAAGAGUAAUCCAUAGGGAUUCAAUACUUUUGAAAAAUACUCUUUGUACCCAUACACAGAAUGUCAAAUCCUACACUCCUAGCUAGACUUAAUAGUUGCCAGGUUUGAAUUUUCUGUUGGAGGAUGGAAAGUUUGAGCUCUGCUCUUAACUUUUGCAGGUCUCUUUUCAUGUUCCUAGGACACUAGAAGACUUCCCUGUCAUUUUAGUUUUAGAAGUCUCCCUAAUUUUUCACAUUGUUGCUCACUUUGCUUUUCUAAUUAUUAGGGUUUAAAUGUACUUUAAAUAUACUUUUGGGGGGGGAAAAGUUAUAUUUGUAUUAUUCUAUAGAAAAUUUGCAACAUUGAACCAACCUUUAAAUGAUAAAGAUGUGAAAGUUAAAUAAGUCUAUUUUGUCAGUUUGUGACUUAAAUCGUUAGCCACUUUAGAAGAAAUUUUAGUCUAACAUAACGUUGAUUCCAUUUUAAACCCAACUAAAAUUAACUACAACCGGCAAUGCUAUAUACAUGUCUAAAGUUCUGUGUAUGGUCACAUUUGCAUUAAGCAUUGUGAUUGUUCCAGGGUGCUCUAAAAUAAAAUGGCUUAAACAGAAUUGUAAAUAAUCUAGCUCUUACACCAGGGUUAGGAUUUUAACCCUAAAGCACUGACUGCUAACCAUAGCAGUAUCUUCUGAGCUCAGCUGAGGAGGAAGAGUAUAGAACACAUAACCCAACAUCUUCAAUCAUUUAUCAAGUAUAGUUUGAUUAGAUGCAGCAUUAACCAUGCCAUCCACUAGCUAAACCAUGAAUCUCCAUUAAAUUCUUCAGAUGGUGGUUCUUCAGUCUCUACAUAGAUACCAGCCAAGGCUUCAUGUAAAACAAGUACAGGAUUCUGGCAACAGCGAAGAUCAGAAUCAUAUCUUCACCUUUCCUGAAACUCAGUUCAUUGCAGUAACUGCAUAUCAGAAUGCAGAUGUAAGUACCAACCUCUAAUGUUGUAUACCUGUCUAGAAUUCAUGUUUCUCUAUGCAUGUUGGUACGAAUGGAUUCACAAAGAGUCCUAUUGGAUAUCAAGUCAAAACCAAUUAUGGGACAAAGCGGUAGAUCUAGAGCAAGUUUCUGAGCAUUCUGGUGCUUCCUAUGAGGGCUGCUCUGUAUUUAGGAAUUGAUUCAGACUAGCUUGAGUUUUGUCUUGAUGAGUAUGGGCAUUUAACAAUUUCACAUCAUGCAAUUUUUCCUUUGUGCAGAUCACCCAGCUGAAAAUUGAUCACAAUCCUUUUGCAAAAGGAUUUCGUGACCACUGUGACACGUAAGUUUGUGGUUUACUGGUGUUGGGGGAGAUACAGUGACUGAUUAAUAUGAGAGAGAAUCAACUGAGCCGAUUUUGAUUUGGGGUGAUGAUAUCCGUGUAUGAAAAGUGAUAUUAUACAGGUUAUAAUAUCUGCAAAAGUGGUUGUGUGUAAAAAGGGACAAAAUCAAGUGAAUGAGGAAUUGUGCCCCGUUAUGGAUAUUGUAUGGGCUGUAUAGAGCACACUGUUUAAUUUACAUUCACAGCAAAGUAAAAAUAAGUGAGAGUCUAUGAAUGGACUCAUGGCAAAACUCAGUGGAGUAUGUAAUUGUGAUAAUGCUUGUGAGUGUGGUUUGCAAAUUUCCAAAGAUAGGCAUAAAACAUUAGGAAUAUGAAACUAAGCACAUAGUUGCAACACUGUGCACCACAAGGGAAAUUUUCAGCAAGUGUGUUGACUGUGAAUGCAUGGGCUAGAGUUUCCAUGGAAUGUAAGUUUGAUACGUGUGUUAUAAUCAUGGAGAGUCAUAUAUGAAUAUUUCAGUUUUAUGUGGUGCAAACAUCCUGCUCUUCUUCUUUUGCAGGAUAGUUCUCCCACCCAUAACAGAGCGCCUAACCCCAUCGCCACCCGUUCGCUUUCCACAUUUCUUACCGGACUCACUGAACCACAACCGGUUUUAUCCCGUAGAACAAGAGUCAACACCCUGGUACCUGUCUACACAGAGCAUGACCCAGCACCUGGACUACACACCAUAUGACCAUACAGGCAAGGUGCCAACAACAUAUACAAUGAAGUGUUAUCCACAGCCGCCACAUCUGGGGUAUUACUCUGAUCACACACUGGGCUCACCAUGGACAGGACACACACAAUACCAUCCUAAACCUAAUCCUACACAUUUAACUUGGUUUCGCCCACUGCUAGAGACCCGAGGGAAGGAGGAGGAGCACAGCCCCUGGGGUGAUCCCACAACCUAUGCAGCAUAUGAAGACAGUAAACGCCGGCGUCUGUCACCUUACAGCUCAGACGGAUCCCCUUACAUGUCUGACAGAGACACAGAUAUGACUUACUGUGGUUUUUUCAGCCAGUAACAAAAGACAAAGACUUUUCUAUUGACAAUAGCAAAAGAGAACCGUUUUGCCUUUUAGACUGUGGCCACAAAACAAGGAUAUUGAAGUUAGUGACAAUGUACC